AUGUCCUUGGUGCAGCAUGUUUCUGCCAUUGACGGCGUUGAUCGGGAACCCGAAAUAGACCUAGUUGACGAUUGUGACUUCGUUCCCAUUCGCCGCAAAAUAAGCUAUGAUGUCCUCCAACCCCCGAGCGAGGUUAUCCCGGUCGCAGAAUUGCUUCCUGGAACACCAGCGUACAAACAUUCCCCUGCAAAGCGAAUAGCUCAGGUUGUCGUCACUGUUCUCGCGUGCUGGAGCGCGUCGGGGAUCGUGUUUGGCUUCGCGGCGCUCAAACCUGUUCUCGUCGAAGAGGGUGUUUAUCACGAGCGUUGCACGCCUGCGGAAAUAGAUGAAGGGCUUGAGCUAUGCGCACAGCAGGAUCUUAGACUCAACCUGUUUUUCACCAUUGCUUCGAUAACAGCCAAUGUCUCGGCUCUUCCCGUAGGGACGAUUUUGGACCGAUGUGGAUCACGCGUCUGCUGGUUUAUUGCUUGCCUGCUGCUUGCCAUCGGUGGUGUUAUCAUGGCAUUUGCAUUCCACGAACCUGGCUUCGAUGGCUAUAUCGCGGGUAAUUUCUUCCUCGCUCUAGCUGGCACAUUUUUAUUUGUACCCUCGUUCCAAAUCGCGAAUGCGUUUCCCAAAUAUGCGGGGUCGAUCGUCGCGCUGGUGACUGGUGCAUUCGACGCCUCUGCUGCUGUGUUCCUCUUUUACCGACUCAUCUAUGAGGCGUCGGGCAGAGCUUUCACCCCGGACAAGUUCUUCCUGGGCUAUCUGGUCGUCCCCGUGUGUAUUUUAAUCGCACUAGUGACCAUUAUGCCGGCGCGUGACUAUGUAUCGACCUUGCAAUUGGAAAACAAAAUAGAAAAGGCCGAAGAUGCCACACGCGACGUCCACGACUCCGAUGAUGAAAUCGAGAGCACGUCGGAGCUCAACCGGGUGCGGAAGAAGCGAGCGGAGCAGCGAAGGAAGAAGAUCCGCCAAAUCGAUGCGGUGCUCGGUGAUAAAGAUGAGCGUCAGAUGCGUGCGGAGCGAGAAGAGGAUCGCAAGCAGACGAGUUCGGUCUGGGGUGUAAUGCACGGCCUGCCGGCGCAUCGGCAGAUGGCCACGCCCUGGUUUAUCCUGAUCACGCUGAUGACUGUUUUGCAGAUGAUUCGCAUGAACUACUUUAUCGCGACGAUUCGCUCGCAGUAUGAAUACAUGCUCGGAUCGAUCGAGGAGGCAGAUAAGAUAGGUGCCUUUUUCGAUAUCGCGCUACCGCUCGGGGGUGUUCUCUUCACACCUGCGAUCGGAUACCUUCUCGAUCGCCUCAGCGUACCAACCAUGCUUGGGCUAAUUGUGCUUUUCACCACGGUCAUUGGUGUACUCAACUCCAUCCCGGCAGUUUGGGCUGGUUAUCUGACCGUUGUGCUCUUUGUCUUACUCCGGCCUCUCUAUUACUCGGCCAUGUCUGAUUAUACCACCAAAGUCUUCGGCUUUGCGACGUUUGGGCGCGUAUACGGUGCCAUCAUUUGCCUCUCGGGAAUUGCCAACUUUUCUCAGUAUGGGCUUGACGCAUUGACUCAUCAUACGUUUGAUGGCAACCCAAUUCCAAUCAAUGCCGCCUUGGCAAUCGCGGGAUUUCUUGUUGGAACGGCACUCGUGAUCUUUGUUUUUGUUUCUGUGAGACAGAUGAGAGAGCAAAAUCGGGUAGAUGAGGAAGAACGCGAGAGACUUCUCUUGGAAGAGGAUGAAGAAGAGGACGAAUACGAGGAUGAUGAAAGUUACCGUCGACGGGAUUAG